GUGUCUGAAGGCGUACCGGCUGCCGUGCUACGUGCUAGCGGUAGCGAUGGAGGGUCUCUGCUGCCUCUUCGUCCCGCUGCUGCGAUCCUUCCAGCUUCUCGUUCCCUUCGCUGUUCUCUACGGAUACUUCGACGGCGCCUACGUGGCUCUGAUCCCGGUGGUGAUCUCGGACGUGGUCGGAGCGCCGUACCUUUCCUCUGCGCUCGGAGUGGUUUACUUCCUGCACGCCAUCCCCUACCUGCUCAGCCCGCCGGUCGGAGGUUGGCUCGUUGACGUCACAGGAAGUUACUCUCCGACGUUCUUCCUCAGCGGCGGCGCCCUGCUGGCCAGCGCCGCCGUGAUCUCUGCGAUCACCGGGAUCCGACGCUGCCACCGACACCUGAACGCCUCAGAGGACAAGCCACGCCCCCUCUGCCUGCCCGACCAAUCAGAGCGCCCCGUCAGUCCGGCCGGGGCCACGUAGCCUCGGGGGGGGAAAUGGGAUUUAAUCCAGACGGCGACUUUAAACCCGGAGAAACUGGUUGGGUUUCUUUAACUCUCUAAAUGGAUUUAACGAGGGUCUUAACGAGGGUCUUAACGAGGGCAAACUGAAGUUGUCCUUGUCUGAAGAACCGGAGAUAAAUGAAUAAUUAAACCAAAUGUCCUCAUGUUUUUAAUUAUUUAGAGAAACUGCUGAAAUGUGUUUUUCUUUGAAACCUUAAAACUCCAGGUGGAUUAUUUCAGAGGAAUAUCCACAGAGCAGAUUGAACAAAACGACUUUAAAUGAGACCGAUUUAUUUUGAGCUUUAAAAAAUAUAGUGGUUUAAAUAAAUAAAAAAUUGGGAGAAAA